AUGAAGGAUGAAAUUGCUGCCACAGUCUUCUUCAUCACGAGGCUAGUGAAAAGGGAAGACAAGCUGAGCAAACAUAAAAUGGAGCAAUUUGCAGCUAAGCUGACAACAAUACUCUUUGAGAAGUAUAAGAAUCACUGGUACUUGGACAAUCCAUCCAGAGGACAAGCCUUCAGGUGUAUAAGGAUAAACAAACACCAGACAAGAGAUCCAGUGCUGGAGCAAGCUUGUGCAGAGAGUAAUGUGGACUUCACUCAGCUUGGCUUGCCAAAAGAGUUGACACUGUGGGUUGAUCCAUUUGAGGUGUGUUGCAGGUAUGGUGAGAAGAGCCAGCCCUUCACAAUUGCACACUUUGAAGGAGAGGAGAACCCAGAUCUUCCUCAGCAGAUCAGCUAUGCUGUUGACAGAGCAGCACUAGACUAUCAUUCUGGCAUCUCUUCUGAUGAGGAGAGCUUCAGCAAGGAGCCACAAGCCAUCCCUACUGUCAGCAAUCCCAACAGUGUCUACCAGUUCUACUGCAAGGGACCCAUCCAGCCCUGGUCUCAGUACCUCUAUCGGAAGGCCUAUAUGACUGAUGGCUCAUAUUAUGCCCAGCACAGGGGUUACAAACUCCACAGGCCCACAGCUGCUUUCACAGGACUGCGUGUUGACAGAUACCACUGGAUCAACACCAAGAGGUAG